UAAUGCAGAUAAAUUAACCAUAGCAAAUUUUGGAAAGAAUUGGAUGCAUUUAAUUGGAAUGUAGUUGUUUCACAUUGCUGGGUUUCAUAUCCUAUGAUCAGUAGCAAGUAUCAAUCUUUUGCCCUCCUGAACACAGCAUGGAUUGCACAGGUCAGAUUCAUCUUCUCCUAUCCUGCAUAAGAUGGUUGGUCCUCUUCCUGUUCCUCACUAUUUACAAUGGAAACAGAAGAUGGAACUGAGCAGCACUUUGAUUCCUCUCUUGUGGUCGGCGUUCAGUGUUUGGGGGAUGAAGAAGUUAGUUUGCUCGUAGAGAGAGAGAGGAUGAAGAUGUUAGUUUGCUGAUUGAGAGAGUGAGAGAGAGGGGAGCGUGGGGGAGGAGAGGCUGUUGUGGUUUUCAAAAUAAAACAUUGCUGAAAAGUUCCAACUUGGUGGCGAAAUCAUGGAAACCUAGCAACAAUUUGAUACGAUGAGAGAUGAGAGGUGGCAGGUGCUGUUUUGCAGUGGGGUCCAAGUCGUUUGAAAUCUUAGUAGAGGUGUUUGGAGGGAAACUGAAAGGGAAAAUCUUGGAGAGAUGCAGAGGUGUGUUAUGGUGGAUCAGGUUUGGGGAAAGGAGUUUGUGUUGUUUGUUGGAAGGUGUGGAAGCUUGUUGUAGGGGUGAGGAUGAAAAGUUGUGCAACAAAGGUUGGGUGGAAGAUGGGAGGGAGUUCAGGCUGGAACUACGCUCAAAUGGGGCAGGGAGACUCAUUCUUUGCUCGGUUUGCUCUGUGGGGACUAAAAGGUUCACUUUGAGUUUCCCUGAAGGAAGAAGUCUCCCUGGGGGAUGGUCUAUCCUGGCCGAGAAGCUUCGCUUUCUCGGAGCAGUUUCCUCAAAGGAAAUGAAGCUUCCAUCCCCAACUGCCUCAAGGUCUUUGGAGAUAGGUAGUAGUUCUGUGAAUCCACUGAAGGGGUCUAUUGUAGACUUGGUUAAGAAAGAGCAUGGUUUGGUGAAUGAAGCAGUCUGGAUUCAGAUUGGGGAGGAGGAGGUUCAGCCCAGGAUGGAGCAUUUGAGUAGCUGUCUAGUAGGGAGAUGGGGAGAUUUUCUAGACCCAACUCCAGAUUUGCUUGCGUUGAGGAGUUGGGUAGGUCCAUAAUUGGUCUCUGAGAGGGGGAGUAAGGAUUUUCUUGCUAGGGGGUGCCCUACUCUUGUUCGAGUUUGAGGAUGGCUCUGAUGCAGAAAUGGUGUUGUCAAGGGGUGUAAGAAGGUUUAAGGGAACGGUUUUGCAUUUGGAUAGGUGGACCCCGGAGGUAGGGUGUUGUCGGAAAGGUGAGCACGCCAAGGAAGUGUGGGUGAGAGUGGUGGGGCUUCCUCUGCACUUGUGGGGUCCGGAGGUGUUAAAAAAGAUUGGGGAUAGUUGCGGGGGUUUUGUUGCAGUGGAUGAAGACACAGCUCAUCUCCGACACUUGCCAUGGGCAAGAGUUUUAGUGAGGUUGGAUGGGAGAAGGAUGCCUGGGAUGUUGAAGGUGGUGGUGGGAAGUACCACCAUGGUUUUCUACUGAGGUUUCGAGUUGUGGGUUUUCUGGUCUAGAGGUUAGGGGUGAAGUUACGGGAGAGACACGCGCUGUUGAGAGCGUGAGGGUGCAGGUUCCGCUGCAGCAGUUGAAGGCAGAUGCCGUGUCGCCUUGUGAUGGGGCCCAUGGGGGGUCAGAGGGAAAAGGUUUGGUAGUAGUUGAUGGUUCUGAAAAGGCUAUGGUAGGCAGUGGGCUGCAGAAAGCUGUAGAGGGUAAUGGUGAUGGGAAGCAAGCUAAUUGCAAAGGGCGCCGCGUGGGUGGGGUGUCUUGUAAGGGAACCCUAAGUGGGGCUGCUGGUGGGCUGAAAAAAGUGGGCUUUCAGGGUUUGAAAGAGGCCCAAGUGCAAGGAUUCUCAGGUAAAGCGGCCCAUCUUUGUAGUGGCCCAUUGGAAGGGUCAAAAGUUUUAAAGUCUAAGGAGGCCUGUCGUGUGGGUCAUCUUGCCAUGAAGGCCCAUAAACUUCCUGUUCUUUGUGUGGCCCAAGGUGGAGGUGAGGGCUCUGUUAACGUGCACUACAGUUCUGAUUCUAAGAAUAGCCCAUCGGAGGAGCCGACUCUUUUGGGGGCUUCUUUCUCCUCUAGAGGGCACUAUUUCCAGAAUCGUAAGCUCUCCCCGCCGGUGGAACUUCACACAAGCACCGACAUGGCCCUUAUGGAAGAAGCGGCGAGACAUCCUGGUUCUUUUUCUUUCUCUGUUUCUUCCUUGGGGACACGAGCAGCUUCUUCUCCUUCUUUUUGUGGGACUGGUCUUGGUUCGGAGGGAUGUGGGGUGGUUUUUGCUGUUGAUUCUCUGGGAGAGGAUAACAGUCCCCUAAGGAUGGUUUCGGAAAACGACUCUUCGUUGGAGUUUGAAGAGGCUGGGGUGAUCCCGAUUGAAGUUGCAGUGGGUGAGAAGGAUAAGGAAGAGGGGUCAUGUCUUGGCUUGGUUUCAAGGGAAAAGGUGCCUAUGGAGAAUUGGUCCUCAAGCAACCUGGAAGCUUUCAGCGACUGGUUGGGCAUGCCGACAGUGGACUUCGAGGCUGAGAUCUUGGCGCUCCUCAGGAAAAUGGAGGCUAGGAAAGAGGUAAGGGAGCGAGAGGAUGGGAAGAGAAAGAAUUCUUCUUCAAAAUCUGAAAGGGAAUUAAAGAAACUGGGGUGUUUUAUGCCAGGGAUCAGAAGGUAAACGAUGAGGGUUUGGAUAGGGAGAGUGGGAAAUCACAGCAGUGGGUGGGUAGAAGAUGCAUUUUUUUUCAUCUUUUUGGAUUUUUAGAUGGGCUUCUGCUAUGUUUGGGUCACAGCAACCAGUUUGAUCGGCAGGCCUACAAGAAGGUCGCGUCUGGGGUAUUUUUGUUUUUGGCUGACCGGAAGGCGCUCUUUGUAUAAUUUGAUGCCCCUCUUUCAAGCGCUUUUAAUUUAAUCACUCUUUUUACCUAUUAAAAAAAAUGUAAUUUUACUGUGCCUUCCCUUUUGGUGAGUUAUUU